AUGACUCAAGAAUCUAGCAUGCGCCAGGAUCCGAUUGUCCUGGUUAUAGAUUUUCAUCAUGCCAGAGGCCCCGAGAUAGAAUUAUGUUUUGCGAAUGAAGGAUCGAAUCCUGCGGUAGAAAAUGACUGGUCAUUAUUGCCAUUCAUGGCAUUGUCGGAUGGAGCACAUGCCUCCACGGAAGAUUUCUCAUACUUCACUCUCCGACGCGAAGCCACUUCCACACAAAAGGCGACCUCUCUUUUCGGCAUAUCCUGCACGAGACAGAUCCCCGCAAGUUCAUUAAUCAAACGCGCACCGGAUGUGACUCGAUCGACAGUCCAGAAGGCUGUGGUGGUUGUGACGGAUGGACCGAGACAUUUUGGGACGUUGAGGGAGAAAUUGUCCAUGGUGACGUCGGCGUGGUUUGCGCAGAGGGAUUUCUCCGAUGUUGAUAUUCUCAAGAAAUUCCGUGAAAGCCUGAUCGCGAGCUUGAAGAAUGAAGAGGCACAAAAAGAUACAUAUCUAGGUCUAUCCUUACGAGAAAUGAUUCACGCCUUCAAAUCGCAAACGCUUGUUCUAUUUAAAUGUUUACUUUUACAGCCAAAGAUGCUAUUCUUUGGCUCUCGUUGCGAACGUCUAUGCAUGAUACAGUUUUCCUUAUUAUCUUUGAUACCCGGUUUACUUAGCAACUUACAAGACUGCGCUGAUCCGACAUUUGAUUCAUAUGCCGAGAAUGCUGAGAAGGCUACAUCUCUGAAGACGAGUGAACGGAGUUCGUUAUUGGCUUAUAUGGGACUGCCGUUACAGCUUUUUGGCAAGGGAAGCAUAUUUGGUCCCUACACACCCUUGCAGCAGUUGGAUCUACUGGCCGAUCACGGGACAAAAUCGUAUGUCGUUGGGUCGACAAACUCGUUACUACUUCAACAGAAAGAUCGUUAUAGCGAUAUUUUGAUCAACUUAGAUGAAGGAAGCAUCAGUAUACAUUCGCCUUCGCUGAGGACAGCACUAGCGUUGACAGCAGCAGACAGACGAUGGGUUGAUUUUCUCACGCAAACUAUCAACGAGACAUGGGACCCAGCGCACCCUGAACAACCCAAGACACAUGGUUAUGUCGGCUCCGAGGAGUUUAUUCGACUGCAGUUUGAAGAAUAUCUUUUAGCUUUACUGGCAAGCAUCAACAAUCGACAACAUGUACAACCCCUGUCACCUGGCAGAACAGCAGAAAUGAAAAGCAAGGGACAAUCAACGGAUGCAGAGGGAGACCCAACGCUGGAUUUCAAUGCAGACUUUAUCGCCCAUUGGCAGACGACGCGAAAUUAUGCUUUAUUUCAUCGGUUAACGUCCGAUGCAUUGCUAUUCUCUAUUGUUGAGCCUCGACAUCCCUAUGCAGGAGGACUUACGAUUGAUGAUAUUCAGCGCCGGCUGGCGCAACAGGUGUCCGAACUUCAUCUCGAUGAGCGUGUUCGCGAGGGCCGGGAAGCACUCAACAAGACACUAGCCUCGGGACAAAAGAAAGUGAGCAGUGCUUUCAACAGUUUCUGGGCAGAUAUCGAGGCAUUACGAGAAGCGCAGCGGAAGAAAAAUGAAGAAAAAACCGCGGCCACCACAGAGCGGUUGUCCUCCGACGACAAAAGUAUUAGAAGCGAGUCUAUGCAAUCCGGACGAAAUGGUGCAGUCUCGCCUACAAGUGAGAACUCCUCUUCAUUCUCGUGGUUUGGCAGUCGUCGUCCACCAUCUGUCGACAUCUCGCAGGCGCAGGCAUCGAUGAAUGUAGCUGGACAGAAGGCGGGCGCUUAUAUCAGUUCAUGGGGCGCAUGGGCAAGCGAACGACGCAGGGAAUGGCAAGAAAGGAGGAGUAACACGGCUACUACUAGUAGCACAUUAUCAACACCCCGAACAUCCUCAGAAACAACCCCCCGGAAAUCAACCGGUCUUCCCAGCGUUAACGAAGAAAAGACCGAAUUGAGCGACCACAAUCAUCAACCCAAUAACGAUAUCACCACCAUUCAACAAUCAACAGAGACACCGCCAUCCCGCCACCAGAGCGAAGAAGAAUCAUCAUCCUCAACAAGUCUAGGCCGAAGCAUGAGCCGGCGCAAACGGUGGAGUAGCGUCUUGCGUAUGAAAGAUCAUCAUCACCAUCACCAUCAUCGCAGUGAUUCCGACACAGAGUCGUAUACCAGUCGUAAGGGGUCAUUAGAUAUUCCGCGCCGAGGCUCGGCAUCUUCGACUUCUGUUCUUUCUGUUUCUGCGGGUGGGACGGAUGGGAUUCCGAAGUCGCCGUUGGGGCAGAAACAGAUGGUUAUUCAGGGUGAUGAGCAUGAUCAUGAUGAUGUUCCGACGGCGAGUAUUUCGAAGAUUUCUGUUGUGGAGGGAGGGGAAAUCAAAGACGAUGUAACCGAUAGUACGAGUACGUCUCCAGAGUCAGAGGAGACAAGGGCUAAUACGAAAGUGGAUGAAGUGACGAAAUCAGAUGAUGGGAGUGGGAAAUAG